CAGCUGAGAGCUAUUAUUUUUUAGUUCUUGUCAUAAGCGGGCGUUGUAUAGACGCUCGCAUUUCGUGAAAGCGAUUUAAAUUGUGCUUAAAAGGUGUUUUGGACAGCUCUUUAGCGUCCGGACUACUGUUUGCAGUGCAAUAAUGUAUUGGAAGAGAAAAAGACACAGUAAUCGAAGUGUAAUAUUAUAGCGGAGGUGCAUUUUUGGAGUGAGACUUUAGCUUGCUUCUAAAAAGAUGCACAGUAGCGACUCGUCUGGCGGCGCGGGGCCGGUCCUGCUACAGCAGCUGGGGCGCCUCAUCGUGCGCUCCCGGAGUACCAGCCCCUCGAGGAAUACGCGGGACAGAAGACACUCGAAGGGCACCCCGUCUACCAGCCAUCAGAUACAAAGCCAACCCAAGCCGGAGUUCGACAGGCCCCUGCCUGGCAUCGAAGCGCAGCUGACCAGCCAUGUGGACGCUCUAUGGAACGAGAAGACACCAAUAUGUAUUGAGGUCCUUCUAGCUCCAGAUUGUCAAGACUGCUUCAACUCGAUGUCUCGCCUGGACAACGAUUGUUCGUACGAGAAGAUGCACCACCAAAGGGGACUGCUUCUAGAGCGAUGGACGAUCCGAGCUAUGAAUAACAAGAGUCAAGAGUGCCCCCCCGCCAUUUCCUCCCACUGGCUGUUGAAUGCCGUGCGCUCGCAACUGCACUUUUCUCAGCUGUCCGCGUGGAGAGCCAGGCUCAACGUGGACGACAAGGGUGCGGAGAGAAGGCGCAAGCUGAGCCGCGAAUCGUGCAACUUUAAAAAGAUAGAAGCAAACUGCGAUGAAACAGACCUGGAAGAUCGCAAGCUAAACAUCGUCUACUCCAUAAAAGACCCCGGGGAAAGCUACAAAAUGUCAGAAUUCAACCGUACACCGACAGACCAUAAUUUUCCCAUAGCCGAUAUGGGGGAUAACGUUUAUCUAAAAGUUUUACUUCAAAGCCUUCCCCGUUUGGAUACUAUACCCAACGUUAAAUGUACCUGUCCCAAGCGAAGGACCAGCAAAGAGAUCUCAAUAAACAUACACGAAGAAAUUAUCAAUAAAUUGAAUGAUCUCACUCUAGGACCGAGGAAAUAUGACAAUUGCUCCAAGCGAAACAUAGGUCCUGAUUACUGUGAUAGAAAAAUAUUGGAUGAUCGUAUGUUGACUCCGUGCAAUGAGAGUGGAAAGCAUAAAUGCAACUGUGAUGAUGAGUCUGAUGAGAAGAAGCAAGAGACGAAGAAGCUGGACGAAAGGCGCCUGAAAGAAAUAGCGAAAUACAAACGACGUCUGCGAAAAGAGAGCAAACUGAAGCGUCUAUGUGAUAGCACGUCUUCGGAAGGCGAUCUUCGAAAAGAACCCCAUACGUCCAUUCCGAUUCUGCAAGCUUCGAGAUUCGAUAGAUUCAGAGCUAUUGGGUGUUACAGAAAUCAGACUUAUCUGACGUUACCGGCCAGUAGAAUUGAGGGUAGAUCGCCAUUUUUGGAUGCAGAAACCAUACCACCUUCAGAGUAUAAAAGAACUAAUACGGUUGGGACUCAAACUGAUAACGUUGUCUGCAAAUGCGGUAAUCCCAUCGAAUUGAAAUGUGUCAGUUGCAACAAGGGUAUGGUUAGAUCUGAGGGUAGUUACAAUCUGGUCGGUAUAGAGAAAGGCGCUAGACGGAAACGCGAAGAGGACCAUAGUUCUCAGAAGAAGCUUAAAUGUGAUAAUAGUAAUAGUGAUAUAGUUAAUAAGUGUGAUGAUAUAGUGAGGCGGCCAAAGUUGAGACGUUUUUUCCCGAUUGUGGACCGUAUUGAGAAGGUUAUAAGCGACAGAUUCGCGCAGAACAAUGAUAUAAAGGAGUUGAACCUGCGCGAUGACGACACGGUUUUCUCCGUGCCGAAGUCAGAACCGAAACGACAGAAGACGUACUCGAUCAAUGAAGAUUACGUUUUGUACGAGAAAUGUGAUUAUGGGACCAUAGACAAGUGCGAUAUAGACGCGCCGAAUGAAUUGAUGUCUCCGGAUAAGAAAGAACAGGAGAACGUAGUUCCGACGCGGUCGGAGAUGGAUCGGUUUAAAUGGCGUUUCGACUCGGCCGCGUCAAUGGUGUUCCACACCAAAACUGGACUGCCUUUAACUUCUAGUCCUGCGCCGCUUAGACGUGGGAAUAACUGCUUUGAUUUCGACGAUUCGAUCAACGGCGUGUCUGGAAUCAAAAGCGCUCUCUUUCAUCCAAUAUCGCCCCCCUCGCCGGCGGUAGUUUCACCGGCGUCUCCCCCCAUCGCAUCCGAAGCCCCCCCGAACGCAGAAUCCCCCCUAGAUGCAACGCACAAGAGGAAAAAGAUACCGCACAACAAACUGAGAGUCGGGACCAGCACUGGACUAUUAGGCAGUUUCGAAGAGUCUGCUUUAAAAGGGCGGUUGGAACCGGUGGCGACUGUACACGGAUUCGUGGCAGAGCUGGGGGCUUCGGGGGCCUUCUGUCCCCCCCACAGGCGGCUGCCAGUCACUGUGUUCUUCUACGCCCCGGGUGGGACAAACGCGCCCUACUGUGGUCACAUAAACCUAGGUCCGGGUGGCUACAGAGUGUCUCGCUCUGGCACGAUUCAGGUGUCGCUGUUCAACCCUCAUGGCACCUUGGUCAAGAUGUUUGUGGUGCUUUACGACCUCACGUGUAUGCCCCCAAUGGCUCGCACCUUCCUGAGGCAGCGCACGCUUUAUAUGCCCGCGGGGGCGAAGCCCCCACAGACCCGAGAGAUGCACAAGUGGCUUCGAUAUCUUAUACAUUUGCGUUUCAUGACAUCGAAAUCCGGCAAACUAUAUUUGCAUACAGACAUCCGGAUUUUGGUAUCAAGGAAAGCAGACCUGGACACAGCGACCGCACAUUCCGCAUUAUUCAAACCAAUAGCCAAUCGCAGCGCGGAUAGCGCCGCAAGUGACCGCAACAGCCAAUCAGAAGAGAACACGCAAAUACCGACCAAUCGGCAGCCGAAUCGCGUGUUUGGCGGCUGCAGUGAUUUUGAGCGGGAUGUUGGUUUUGAGAAUCAAAAUGGCGUUUCGUAUGAGCUUAGAAGUUUCACUUACGCGCCUGAAAAUCCGAAAUAUUCGCCUCGAUAGUUAAUUGUGCCUGGUAUUGGUUUGUGUUGUAUGUAUUAAUGAAAAAGAAUAUAUUUUUGGUUUUAUA